AUGAAGCCACCAAUGGAAGAAGAAUUCAGAGAAACAGCUGAAAUGUUUUACAAGAAGUGGGGGUUUCCAAAUUGUCUAGGUUCUGUUGAUGGGAAGCAUAUACGAAUUGCUGUAUGUGAUACAGACUGUAAAUUUACUUUUAUUGAAGUUGGAGCAUUUGGAAAGCAAAGUGACGGAGGCACUUUCAGAAUGUCUGUUUUGUACGAUAAAAUGGUGAAAGGCGUGCUUCACAUUCCUGAAGAUGACUUUCUACCAGGUACUGCUGUUAAAGCCCCCUUUGUCUUCAUAGGAGAUGAAGCAUACCCCCUUCUCAGACACAUGAUGAAACCUUUUGCCAGGAGAAAUCUCGAUUGCUCGAACGAAAAGUUCAACAAAGUUCUUUCACGAACUAGAAAAACUGUUGAAUUUGCCUUUGGAAUUGCGGCUGCAAAGUGGCAAUUACUAAACAAACCAAUUGAAACGAAAGUAGAGACUGCAGAACUGAUUGUGAAAGCUGUUUGCAUUUUACAUAACAUGAUUGUGGACAAAGAGAAUGUACUGAACAAUGUGGAGUACAGAGACGUACUUCCUGGAGUUCAGCCAUCAAGAAGAAACAAUGCAGCUCCUGCUGAAGCUAUCGAGAUAAGGAAUCUGUUUAAGCGUUUCUUUAAUGAAUAA